AUGGACUCGGUGAUCUGCGAGGACGCCUUCUUGUCCACGCAGCUCUCCGUGUUCCGUCGGUUCAUUCGCCCCACCGACGUGUGUCUGCAGUUCGGACGCGAGGCCACGCUGGGCUCGCUGCUGCAGUUCUGCCGCGAGCUGGUGGUGGUGGUGUGGAAGGGAACGCACGUGCAGAAGCUGCGACGCCAUUUUGAGGGGAAUCCGCGCGUGCGGAUUGUGUAUAGUCCGGGGUUUGAAAACCCGAAGCCGAUUCAUUCGUCGAUGUUUUAUCGACGGUAUAUUGAUUCGGUGAAGACGAAUGGAUUGAAGUAUGAUGUGGUGAUCAUCACGAGCGUGGUGAAGCCGCAGAUCGCCUAUGCCAUAUCCGAAAAGCGUCAAAUGAAUUUAUUCAUUCAUUCAUUCAUUCAUUCAUUCAUUCAUUCAUUCAUUCAUUCAUUCAUUCAUUCAUUCAUUCAUUCAUUCAUCAAUUCAUCAAUGAAUCACUUUGUGUAUUUAUUGAUCAUUUCGUUAUUCAUUCAACCAUAUAAUGAUCACUUUUUGAAUCAUUUAAACAUUUUAAAAAUGAAUCAAUUGACCCUUCAUUAUUUCAUUCACUCACUUCAUUCUAUUGAUUCUCAAUCCAUGAAUCAUCUUCCAAACCCCUUCUAUGAAUGAAUGAAUGAUUGAAUGAUUGCAUGGAUGGAUGGAUCGAAUUCAAUCGAUUGUUUUCUUAACUGCAGGUUCGUGAGAACCUUCCUCUAGGCGGCUACGUGAUCGUUCUGGACACAGCAAAGCCCGAAAAGCACUACUACAGCGAGAUCUCCAAGUUCUACACUCUGGUCGAAGACGUCCCCACUUCCCCCAUCGUCGGCCAGGAAUUUUCCGGGAUGCAAGUCUUCCAAAAGCAGAGCGAGACCUGCAACUACGCUUCCUUUCCGCCCUGGUGGU